UGAAUCAGAACCGAAACGAAAACGAAUGAAUAAUUUCUUUCAGGAAAAAAAAUAAAAAAAAUAACAACUGCUACGCAACGACCGAUUCCAAGCGUUCAUCGCCAUUUUUUUCUUUCUCCGAGCUCGAAUCCCCAAAUGGUGGAGGUGAUCACGACCGCCGAUGCGUCAUCGAGCUUCCGAUCGGCGGCAUCGGAGCCGUCCAUCAUCCCGUCCAACCUCCCUCUCCUCUCCGCGUUCCUCGCCUUCGCUCUCGCUCAGUUUCUCAAGCUCUUCACCACCUGGUACAAGGAGAAGAGAUGGGAUUCUAGAAGAUUGCUCGGGUCAGGAGGAAUGCCCUCUUCGCACUCAGCUACCGUGACAGCACUUGCAGCCGCUAUUGGUUUCGAAGAAGGGACCGGAGGACCCGCAUUUGCCAUUGCCGUCGUCUUGGCAUGUGUUGUAAUGUAUGAUGCUUCUGGUGUAAGACUCCAUGCCGGUCGCCAAGCUGAAUUAUUAAAUCAGAUAGUAUGUGAGCUACCCCCAGAACAUCCCGUCUCUAAUUGUCGACCUCUACGAGAUUCGCUCGGUCACACUCCAUUGCAGGUUGUUGCUGGUGGUAUUUUAGGAUGUAUAGUAGCAUUCCUCAUGAAGAAUUCUAGUUAGCAAAUUGGAUAACGAGAAAUUUAGGGGCAUAUUGGAUAUUUUUUUUCACCUUAAUGGUGGAUAGUGCUUCACUUUAUAAGACCCUUCAAGAAUCUGUAAAAAUCUUGAUUGAAAAGAGAUGAUUUGUUUAGAAUGACACUGAAAAACAAAGAGGACCAAAAAAAAAAAAAAAUGAAGUGAAUGUUUGUGGUCUCAAUUAUCUUGAUGUAAUCGUUAUCAAGUAAAAUGUAUAAAUAGUUCCCCACAA